UUGAACAGGCUGAGUCUGGGGAAAUACGAAUAAGACCACUCUUCUCUGUGAGCUGUUAACAGCUGUAGGGAACAGUCUGUAAUCCUAUCCUGUGCAUGAUGAAUCCGCAGACACCUGCCUAGUGUUCAAGGACUCAUUUUAGAUGCUCAGCAAGUAUUAAUGAUUUUAAAAAAAAAGAUCAAGUUUCCCUCUGAGUAAGGAGCAACCCUGCAUGGCCAUGGGGACUUAAGGACUGCAAGAAGGAAGUGAUAGUGCAAAAUCCAGAAUGGAUGUCCUCUUUAUAGCCCUCCUUGUUGCACCACUUAUCCUGGGACAGGAAUACGAGGGUGAAGAACAGCUGGAAGAGGGUGAUUACUAUCAAGUGGCCUAUUAUUAUUACACAGUGACCCCUAAUUAUGAUGACUUUAGUGUAAACUUCACUGUUGAUUACUCUGUGUUGGAGUCAGAGGAUAGGUUGAACAAGUUGAAUAAGAAGGUAACAACAACAGAAGCAGCAGAGACUACAGCCUCUUCAGACAGUCUUCAUACAGAACCUGUGGACCAUCAGAAUCCUGUAACCACGAAACCAGUGACCACAGAACCAGUGAGUCAAAUGGGGAUGGAGGAGGAGGGAGCUAUGGCAUCUCUUACCCAGGCAGACCCCAGAGCUGUGACCUGCAGUAAACAGGCCAAGUCUUGCAGGAAGGAAGAACUGUAUCAUCAGCCCUGCCAUGGAGGUAUUCUAGUUUGGUUUUCUUUUGCUGUAAUAAAACACUGACAAAACCAACUUGGGGAGGAAAGGGUUUAUUUCGUCUUAAAACUACCUGGUCACACUUCAUCCUUGAGAGAAGCCAGGGCAGGAGCUCGAGGCAGGAACUGAAGCAUAGACUUGGGAGGACAUUGCUUAGUGGCUUGCUCCCAUGGCCUGCUCAGUUUACCCUUUUAUACCACUGGGCACUCCCAUAUCAAUCAUCAAUCAAGAACAUUCUGCCAAAGACACUCCCACAGUCCAAUCUGAGGGAGGCAAUUCUCCAAUUGAGGCUCCAGCUUCCCAAGUGUGCAGGUGUGUGUAUGUGUGUGUGUAUGUGUGAAUGUGUUGAGGCCCGAGGACAAAGUUAGGGACUCAGUUUGUCAGGCUGCAGUGGCAUGAGCUUUUACCCGCUGAGUUGUUUUGCCAAUCCAGAUUUUGUUUUAGAUAUAACUUGAGACCGAUGCAGCUCUUGCUUGUUUGGUGUUCUGUAGGGAGGAGUGAACUUAGACUUGUUACCAUUAAGGUAAGAGUUAAAGCCGCUGAAGGAAGAAGCCCAGAACAAAUAGCUAUUUUUGGUGUCUAGGGUAUGACAGGAGAAUCUACAGAGGGGGGCAGAAUAAAUCAGGAAAAAAAAAAAAGGGCCUGCAUAGGUAAUUUGAGAAUUAUGUUUUCACCAUGUGGAGUUGGGGGACAGAAGGCUUUUUUGCAGGAGAGGAUGAAGAAGAGAAAAAAACCUGAAUAGGCCACCUGUAGGGAUGCUGGAUGGAAGCAGGACCAACCAGAAAGACAUAGCAAGGCCCUUUAAAAAAAAUGGCUGGUCAUAGUGGUAAAUGCUUUUAAUCCCAACACUCUAGAGGCAGAGGCAGGUAAAUAUCUGUGCGUUCAAGGUCAGCUUGGUCUACCCAGCUAAUUCUAGAACAGCCAGGCUACAUGGUCCUCUUAUUAGAAAACUCUUGAGCAGUAAGAUGGCUCUUCGAGUAAAGUCGCUUGCUGACAAGUCUUGCUGCCCAUGUUCGAUCCCUAAGACCUGCUUGGUAGAAGGAGAGAAGAGGUUCCAAGAGCUGUCCUUUGACCUCCACACUUGUAACAUCCUAUACCCUCCCACCUAAAUAACUAAAUGUAAAAUAAAUUACACAAGGCCUUUCAUAUUUGCAUAGUAACAUCAUAUACAUCAACUUAGGGAUAAAUUUACAGAUAUGUCAGGUUGGACUUUGGGCUUAUAAGCAACAAGGAGCCUAUUAAGUCCUCCAGCAGAGUAAAGACAAUGACAUGAACAUUUAGGAAACUCUUCGUCUCACUAUCUGGAAGGUGCAGAAUGCAACAGUUUAUACUGCCUCAGGAACACCUGCUAAAGGGCUGGACUAGGGAGUGCUGGUGCAAACUGAGAGGAGAAAAACAAUGUUAGAAGAACAUGCCUUGUCUAUCUUCAGUGAUAAAGAAGGAGAAUUAAAAUAACCUACAGACUCUAAUCAUGUUUAGGAAGAACCAGUGUGAUGGCUCAGAUGGCAAAGAUGUCUGCCAGCAAGACAAUUGGGGUUCAAACCUAGGACCCAUGUCACGGAAAGAAUGAACCCAUUUCCCUAAGUUAUCCUCUGACCUCUACACAUGUACUCACACUCACUCAUACACACACACACACACACACACAAAGAUGAAAUACAAUCUAAUAAACAUGUUUGGGAAAAUAUUUGACCAAAAUGGUAACAGUUGGCAGCCAGAGUGGUUUAGGGGGAAAGUGAUAAAUUGGACAGUCCUGUGUAUGUUUUCUGAAGGCAGCUGAACUAGAUCAGGAGUAGAGACCUAAGGGCAAAGUUAUAUUGUGAAAGUAGAAAGGCUGAUGACUAAGUCAGCGGAGGCAGAUAAAUCAACCAAGGAAAUAGAAGAGGCAGGCAGACAGCCAAGUUCGAGUUAUAGGGAGAGAAAGCUUGAUA